CAGGCUAAAAAAAUGGCUCUCGCAGAUUGAGCAACUUCAUAGCACAACGAGUGGUGCUUAUUUUUACACUUCUAGUUGACUAAAAUAAUACUCUAUCAUGACCGCUAUGCUGCAGGCAACGACGUCGUAUGGUUUCAGUGUUUCCUCACCUCCGACGAACCUCCAUUUCCGUCAAGCCAUAAUCGCCAAAAGGGUGCCACUUCGUAUCCCAUCCGGUCACCGUCUCCCCUGUUCCCGGCAAUUCGUUAAGGUUUCAGCCAGUUUGCAGAAGGGAGGUAGUGGUUAUAAAAAAGGAGUGUUCUCUAAUAGCCCAAAGACGAGGGAAUCGAUUGCGGAUUGGGUAUCGAAGAAUGAUGAUUUUGUUAGGAGGUUACCAAUAUAUGUAGGAGGGAUAUCUCUUUUGGGUGUUUUGUUUAAUAGGACUCUUUUUGGCAUCGCUCCCGUUGCUGAUGCCUCUAGUUCUCAGUCCAGAGCUGAUCUACUUACAAUUGGGUUGGCAGUAACUAAUAUUCUAGCUGGUCUGGUUUGGCUAUCCAUACGCCCUAAAACCAUAUCGGUGGUGCCACCCCGAGGUGUGGAGUGUGAAAGAAUGCAUUCUGAUAUUUCAAGUCGUGUAGCUUCUGAGUUAAAAUGGGCAUGGGAAUCACUAUCAACGGUGACAUGCAGCAGGUCUCUAGUUAUCGUAUAUGAUGGCAUUUGCAUUCUCCAAAUUGGAUAUGCUUCUGUAUCUUCCUCUAAUGACGGUGAGCCAGUGAUGGUGGAUUCGGAUAAGUUGAUGCAAGGAUCAAUCUAUCAAAGUCUUAUUAAAUCUGGAACACAGAGCUACUUGGCAAACUUAUCUCUUUAUCCUGGAAAAUCUGAGUUGCCAUUUCUCCCAUCAAAUACACAGGCCGUCAUCUUGCAACCGCUUGGAGAUAGAGGAAUCGCAAUACUUGGGGGUGACACCAUCCGUGGCUUCACAACAUCUGAUCAGGCAUGGAUCACAUUAAUAGGAGAGAAGUUGGAUGCGACGCUUUCUAAGCAUAUGUCCAGCGUCCCUUUGGCAAGUAGCAAAGCAUGAUAAUGAUGUUCUUACUUGAUCUGGUUCUGGAAAUUUCUAAGCACAGGAGAAGCAAUAUUGUCACUGGAGUGACUAAAACAAUUAAACUCACUUCCAAAAACACCCCCUUGCCAUUUUGAAUACAAAGGCCUAGCCAGAGGGAGUUCAGCGCAAGAAGUGGUUUUAGAAUUAGAGGAAGCAAGAGUACAAUUUUCAUCACUCAAGAACCAAAUGAAGUCGUAUGCUGGGGUUGAGGCGCUGCUCCUACACAGGAUACUAACCAAACUAAUGGAGCACAAACCAAGUGACUGCAAAGUUGUAGUUAAGCUGAAUAUCUCCAGAACUCAAUUCAACAAUUAGGUGUGCGGAUUGCAGUAUAGCAGUCAAAGAGAGUGAAGUAGUCUGUUCAACUCCCUUUUCUAUUGAUUAUGAAUAUAUGAGCUGAAGAUCUUUCAUUUUUAUUGGAUACCAAGGCCUUAUGUAAAUCUAAAUCAUUUUGACCAUUUUUAGUAGUUAAUUGGUUACUCAUUCUUGCAAAGAUGAGGGAAGUCUUGGAGUUCAAGACCUACGUCUAGCUUGCCCCAUGGUGCUAGCCGUUGGGUAAGUUGUCUGGAGCUAUUCUUUGUGAGGUAGAUAAUAAAUAGUGCCAAAAAGACAUCUAGAGUCAAAGAUGUCCCCGUCAAUCUACAUUUUAUUUUAUUUUUUGUGCGUGGAGAUUUUACGUUGUAUAAAAUGCUCUUACAUGUUUAAGCAUGAUUAAUAAGCUUAUCAA